UCCAUGAACAGAAUCCACAGUCGAUUCGUACAGCAAAUCCAUUCAUAAACCCUAAAUCCCCACUGAAAUCCUACUCUUCUUUUACUAUUUUUUCAAAAAUUAGCUCUCAUUUCGUUUACAAAUAACAAAAUUCCAAAUCGCAUGAAAUUGAAUUUAUAGAUACAAUUUCCAUACGUAAUUCUGUAUCCAUCCGCCAUGGCGCCGAUCGCGUUUCUGGCGAAGUCGCGGCCUUACCUCCACCGCCAGAACCUCAAAUUCAUAUCCACAUUUGUUCACCUCCAGGCGGAGCCGCAGCUGGCGGAUUCGCCGGCCUCGAUUCCGCCGCCGCUCCCGCCGAAUCCUGCUUCCGGCAGUCCUCGCUACAGUGAGAACUGGCGGAAUCCUUCCGCAGCGAUGGGGGGAGACGGUGCGCUCGUCCCAAUCGGGUUAGGGAUUCUGCAGCAGACGCAGGGAUCGCGGAUGCAGAUGCUCUCGCAAUCGCUUGAUGCGGAGAGUCUGAUGAAUAAGUUCGCGGAUUGGAUGACGACGCAGCGGUGGGAGGACAUGAAGCAGCUCUUUGAGUUCUGGAUUAAGUCGUUGGAUAAGAAUGGGAAGCCUAACACGCCUGAUGUUAAUCUGUGUAAUCAUUAUUUGCGUGCAAAUGUGAUGAUUGGGGCAUCCGUUGAGGAAUUGCUUGAUAUUGUGGCGCGGAUGGAUGAUUUUGCCGUCGUGCCUAAUGCUGCUUCGUAUAAUCUUGUGCUUAAAGCGAUGCAGAGGAAUGGUGAAGCACUCGCUGCUGUGAAAUUGAUUGAAAGGAUGCUGGAGAUGGGAAAAAUACAUAAGGAAUCUUUGCCCGAUGGCGAAUCAUUUGACUUAGUUAUUGAGAUUCUACUCUCAAAAAAUAAAAUUGAUUCUGCCCUGAAGUAUGUAGAUCUAACAUUGAAAUCUGGCUAUAUGUUAUCUAUGAAAGCAUUUGUGGACUGCGUGCAACGUUGUGUUAGUAACCAGAGGCUGGAUACGUUGGUCUCAAUUAUUGAGAGAUGCAAGAAAAUGGAUCAAAACAAAUCCUUAUGUCCUCCUUGGCGCGUAUGCAUGUCUAUUGCUAAUGUCGCAAUGCAAUCGGAUAACAGUGAGCUAACUUAUUAUGCUCUCGAGUUCAUGGCUAAAUGGAUUGCACGAGGGGAGGUUGCGAGGCCUCCUAUGUAUCUUUCUGUAGAAGAAGGAUUAGUUGUGACAGCCCUAGGCACAGCUGGUAGAACUUUCAAUUCUAGACUCCUGGAUGGUGCAUGGGCUAUCCUUAAGCGCUCAUUACGCCAAAAUAGCCUUCCCAAUCCUGAAUCAUACCUUGCGAAAAUAUAUGGACUUGCUAAUUUGGGAAACCUGCCAAAGGCUUUUGGUACUCUUCGUGAGUUUGAGGCAGCUUAUGGAAAUGCGGACCGUGAAGAUACUGAGGAUCUGUUCUCUCCUUUCCAUUCUCUAGAGCCUCUAGUUAGGGCAUGCUGCAAGGAUGGUUUUACGAGUCUAGAUUCAGUUUAUUUUCAGCUGGAGAAUUUAAGCAAAGCUGACCCUCCAUACAAGUCUAUUGCUGCUCUCAAUUGUGUUAUUCUUGGCUGUGCAAAUAUAUGGGAUGUUGAUCGUGCCUAUCAGACAUUUAGUGCCAUUGAAGAAUCUUUUGGACUUAGCCCAGAUGUUCAUUCAUACAAUGCCCUGAUUUGUGCUUUUGGGAAGCUUGGCAAGAGAGAUGAAGCGGUAAAAGUAUUUGAGCACUUUGUUGGAAAAGGUCUGAAACCAAAUGCUACCACAUAUUCACUGCUUAUUGAUGCUCAUCUUGUUAAGCGGGAUCCUAAAGCUGCGCUCUCUGUGGUGGAUGAAAUGGUCAUUGCAGGGUAUAAACCAUCCAAGGAUAUACUACAAAAGGUUCGAAGGCGUUGUUUCCGGGAGCUGGAUUAUGAAUCUGAUGACAAGGUGGAAGCCAUUACAAAACAGCUCAAAAUUAGAAUGAGAACGGCAAAUGAUAUUCGCAGAAAUAUGCUCUUCAAUCUCCAAUACAGAGAGAACGCCCAACCGAUAAAUGGACAACAAAUGUAGCUUUUUUCAUGCUACUUACUUAUGUGUCUUGACCCCAAUCUACAAAAGAGCUUCAGAGGGUCAGUUGCUGAUUCGAAACAUCGUGAUGAUGGGGCUCAACACUUACCAGAAAUAAAUAAAAAAGUUUGGCUGUAGCUUUACAUUUUUGGUCACAUCUCCUACAUGUUCCUUGCUUCGAUUUCAUUAGGUUUCUUGCCUACCUGUAUUCUGGUUCUGGAUUUACAGGAUAAUAUGAUUUGUUACUAUUGAUUUUGAGUUGGGAGAUGGUACAGCUUCCACAACAUUUACCCAAGGUGGAUAUGGCCUUGGUCUUAUCUUGGAGCUGAUUGUAUUUAUUAACAGUGUUUUAAUCAUCAGUUUUUAGCUUCAGAAA